UCCGCCAUAGCGUGUGUUCUAGUUGUUGAAGCCAAUAUUUCCUUUUUUGUUUUAGGGUGUUGUAAACAGUUUUUACCAUUUGUCAAUCUUUUCGUAGUGAUAUCUAAUCAUUCGGACUUUUGCUAAAUCGAGACACAUUUAACUACCCGGUACGGAAGUGUUCAAUUGAUCCCGAAACGUCUCCAUAAUAGUCAACAUUUGGAAUAUUUUUAACGACAACAAACAACAACACCACUUUCACAACAUUCGUUUUUUUCUAGUUCAUUUUAGUUCGUCUUUGUUGAUGCGUCUGUUCUGAAUCGUUCAGUAAUCCUGUCAUUACGGCUGAUAGUGGUUAAAUGGCUGAACCUGUAAAAUUAUCUCAUCGAACACGGAAGCGUGUCCGUGAAGUAAAACGUAAAGCUAGACCAGAACUUUAUGCAAAAUCGGCGUGGGUACAAUUAGAAUACCAUCAGAAGUUUGAAUUGUAUCGUAACUUCGACGAUAAUGUCGAGCGCAUUGAUGUUGCCAAGGUGAGCCCGGAACAGUUCAUCGAGCGCUACGAGCGUACGUAUAAACCUGUUGUAAUAGAAGGCAUGCAGAAGGGAUGGAAGGCUGAACAAAAGUGGACACUGGAACGACUAACCAAAAAGUAUCGCAAUCAAAAGUUCAAGUGCGGCGAAGAUAACGACGGUUACAGCGUGAAAAUGAAAAUUAAAUACUAUGUUGAGUACAUGCGCACGACGACGGAUGACAGUCCGUUGUACAUAUUCGACAGCAGUUUCGGUGAUCAUCACAGGCGCUGCAAACUGCUUGAAGAUUACGACGUGCCAGUUUAUUUUAGGGACGAUCUGUUCAAGCAUGCUGGCGAAGAACGCCGCCCACCUUAUCGGUGGUUUGUGAUGGGACCGGCACGCUCCGGUACUGGGAUUCAUAUCGAUCCUCUAGGCACCAGUGCCUGGAACGCGCUCGUACGAGGCCACAAGCGUUGGUGUCUGUUUCCUACACACACACCGAAAGAGCUGCUCAAGGUUACUGGUAACAUAGGAGGAAAGCAACGUGAUGAAGCUAUCACCUGGUUCAGCAUGAUAUAUCCCCGCACGAAGCAAAUCGACUGGCCAAGUGACUGCAAACCGUUAGAGAUUCUUCAAAAACCGGGUGAAACAGUGUUCGUGCCUGGUGGUUGGUGGCAUGUCGUCCUCAACCUAGACGAUACCGUUGCGGUGACACAAAAUUUUUGCAGUCGUACCAACUUUCCCAUAGUUUGGCAUAAAACGGUGCGUGGUAGGCCCAAGUUGUCAAACAAAUGGUACAAGGUACUGCAAUCGUUUGAACCGGAACUGGCGAUGAUAGCAUCAGAAACAGAUCUUCAUCAGGGUACAGGUGUGGCGUCCGAUAGCUCAAGCAACUCUAGCUCUUCAUCUUCUAGUUCAAGCAGUGAUGGAAGUGAUAGUGAUUCGAACACGGACAGCGGUCAGGAAUCGCUUUCAGCCCAUAAAUCAAGGAAGCGUCGAAAAGAUAACCUCGGUCCCAGCAUCAUGGUCUGAUUGGCGCUCUGUACUUAUUAUGUAUCCUCUAUCGCCUCAACCUACUGUUGGUCAUCUGCUACGAGUCUGUACAAUGUUCUUCAUUUACAGCAUUUCAUUCAUUUUAUUUCUCUUAUCAAACUGGUACUCCCCAGUUUUGAAGAUAAGUAUUAAACAGGUUUCUAUUAUUAAUCAUAAUCGCUACUAUGGUGGAAAAAGUUAAAUUCGUUAAAAAAAUAGUUCCAAAAAAUUAUUUCGGAUAUCAUGGCUUAAAUACACGGUGCGCCAUAGUUAUGGUACCUAUUUAAAUGUUCAAUAACUCUUCCAUUUUUCGGACAAUUUCGACAAAUGAACAAGAUUUAUUUAGGGUAUACAAUGAAGUGAAUUAAAAAUAUACUUAGAAUACAAUAUCGGUUAAAUGACCUCCUUCAUUAGACACACAAAUAGCGGGCAUUUUUCGUUGUUUUUGGGCAGUUUUCAUUGUAUUAAACAACAUUUCGGGCAUAAUAGCAGCAAUUUUCACUAUGAUGUUAGCUUUCAGUUCUUCAAUGGUCUUCGGUUGGCUGGCAUAAAUCUUACUGGGGGGCCAAACGAAGCGUAAAAAAACGAUUUGACAUUAAUCAAAACGUUUAUGAAUGUGCGGAUUCAUAUACGAUUUGACAUAUGCGGGAUCGAUUUGACAUUUUUACACUCGGAUUUACGGUUCGUCUGCCCCCCCCCGUUUGAUUAUUUUAGUCAUUCAAAA